AUGGAAAGCCAAGUGAGGUUUUCGAGUUGCCGAGGCGUGGCGUUUGAGAUCAAGCCUCAUGCAGAUCCAUUUGCCAUCGCCACCCCUCGGAUAGCUCCCGAGAUGCCCAACCACGGAAGCAAAAGGUCUUGGCUUCCAUGGGGCUCGUCUAGGAUAGCUCCGUCGUCGCUGAUCCAGCGAUCGACGAGCAAAGCAAGUAGUCACUUUUGCGACCUUGACCUCCAAGACGACAACGACGAACAAAAUGAUGUCCUUUCGGAAACGCUCGAGGAAGGCACUUUCAUCGAGCCUGAAAAACACGCGGAGAGAAAGCGAGCCGAAAUGGCCUCAAAGAUCGACCCGCCUCCCUCGAAGCCCGCCCGAGGCCAUGAGUCGUCGAGGCUGUCGGUCAUACUCCUCGACCAAGGGCUGUUCACGGUGUACAAGCGGCUAUUCGUCGUUUGCUUGACCCUAAAUGUUGUUUCCCUGGUCCUUGCAGCGACUGGACACUUCCCUUAUGCGAGGAACCGAGCCGCCCUCUUCUCCAUCGCCAACAUCUUCGCGCUCACCCUGUGCCGGAGCGAGGCCGUCUUGCGCGUCGCCUUCUGGCUGGCUGUGAAGCUACUCGGCCACUGGUGGGUCCCGCUCUUCGCCAAGACCGCCGUGACCUCUCUCCUUCAGAGCCUCGGUGGGAUCCACAGCGGGUGCGGCGUCUCGUCCCUUGUGUGGCUGGUCUACGCCCUAGUCCUAACCCUCAAGGACCGGGACAACACGUCACCCGAGAUAAUUGGGGUCGCGUCGGCGAUCCUCGCUCUCAUCGCCCUGUCUUGCCUUCUCUGGGGGUUCGUCAUCCUCACCAUCGCCUACGACCCAAGGACGAAGAGUUACAAGAGGGACGAGUUGGGGUCGAGGUUGGUGAGGCAACAAGAGUUUUGGUUCACGGUGGGGAUUACGGUUUUGAUAAUAAUACCGUGGGUGACGGUGAGGAGAGUGCCCGUCAAGGUGUCUUCUCCUUCUGGCCAUGCCUCCAUAAUCAAGUUCCAAGGGGGAGUCAAAGCAGGCAUCUUGGGUCGGAUCAGCCCAUCCCCGCUAUCCGAGUGGCAUGCCUUUGGCAUCAUCUCCGACGGCAAGGAUGAACACAUGAUGCUUGCUGGAGCUGUUGGCGACUUCACGAAAUCCCUCGUCGCCAACCCGCCAGCCCACCUCUGGGUCCGCCAGGUCCACUUUGCUGGCUUACCCUACCUUGUCAACAUGUACGGCCGGGUCCUUCUGGUUGCCACCGGCUCCGGCAUUUGUGUCUUCCUAUCAUUCCUACUCCAACCUUGCAAAGCAAGCAUGGUUAGCCAUCACCCGAGAGACAAGGUUAUCGUGCAUGACACAGCGGUGCUUGGGCGGCCAAAUGUGGCGGAGAUGAGUGUGGACGCGGCGAAGAAGUGGGGCGCUGAGGUGGUGAUCGUCACGAGCAACCCUGAGGGAAGUAGGGACGUGGUGAACGCAUGCAAGAACGAAGGGAUCGCCGCUUUUGGUCCCAUUUGGGAUUCUUGA